AAAUUUAUGGCCAAUAAAAAUAUUAUCAUCAUCCCCAUCAGAGAAACAGGCUUUAAUCCCCCAAGAAUCUACCCCUUUUCAGCCCCCACUUCCCCCCUUUUUCUCCAACUAAUGAAAAACCCAUUCUCCUUCUUCUUCCUCCUCUUCAUUCCUCUGCAACUCCAAAUCUAGAACACUCAAAAACACCCCACUUCCAUCAAUGGCGGCCCCCAUUUCCUUCUUUCUCAUCUCCUUUCUCAUUUUCCUUUCAAACCCAGUUUGGAUUCUGGGCAAUGACGAGCUCAAAUCUCUAUUGGAUUUGAAGGUGGCUUUGGACCCUGAGAAUCAGUAUCUAGCUUCAUGGACCGCUAAUGGAUAUCCCUGUUCUUCUUUUGAAGGGAUUGGGUGUAAUGAGAAAGGGCAAGUGACUAACAUGUCAUUGCAGGGGAAAGGGCUCAGUGGGAAGCUCUCCCCUGCCAUUGCUGGGCUUAAGCACUUGACUGGCCUUUAUUUGCAUUACAACUCGCUGUUUGGGGAUAUUCCUAAAGAGAUUGCUAACUUGACUCUGCUUUCUGAUUUGUAUUUGAAUGUCAAUAAUUUUUCUGGGGAGAUUCCAACUGAGAUUGGGAACAUGGAGAGCUUGCAAGUUUUGCAGCUUUGUUAUAAUCAGCUCAGUGGAAGCAUACCAACACAGCUUGCAUCUUUGAAGAAGCUCACUGUCAUUGCUCUCCAAUCUAAUCAGUUAACUGGUGCAAUCCCUGCAAGCUUGGGACGUUUGGACUUGUUAGUGAGAGUAGACUUGAGUUCCAAUCAUCUCUUUGGUUCUGUUCCUUCUAGACUUGCUGAUGCUCCGUCGCUUGAAGUUCUUGACGUUCGAAACAAUACACUCUCUGGCAAUGUACCUCCUGCUUUGAAGAGAUUAAAUGAAGGAUUCUUGUAUGAGAACAACUUGGGAUUAUGUGGGGUUGGAUUUCCUUCCUUGAAAGACUGUGCUGGUUCGAGUCAUGUUACUCAAAACCAACCUGAACCUUAUGCUGGAUCAACCGGCGCAAUGCCUACACGAGACAUACCCGAAACUGCCAAUGUUCAGUUACCUUGCAACCAUACUCGCUGCCCGAGUUCAUCCAAAUCUCGGAAUGCUUCAAUUGUCGGUGUAGUUGUUGUGACUAUUGCACUUUCAGCUAUUGGAAUCUUGACGUUUACACAAUACCGUCGCCGAAAACAGAAGCUUGGUUCUUCGUUUGACAUUUGCGAUCACCGUCUCAGCACGGAUCAAGCCAAAGUAACUUAUAGGAAAAAUGGAUCUCCUCUUGUCAGCCUUGAGUAUGCCAAUGGCUGGGAUCCGUUGGCUGAAGGUCAAGGCUUGAGCAUUUUCGCGCAAGAAGUUUUUCAAAGUUUCAGGUUCAAUUUAGAAGAGGUGGAGACAGCAACACAAUACUUCUCAGAGGUGAACUUGUUGGGGAAGAGCAACUUCUCUGCUACAUAUAAAGGGAUUUUGAGGGAUGGGUCAGUUGUUGCUGUUAAAAGCAUUUGUAAAACUAGCUGCAAAUCAGAAGAAGCUGAGUUUUUGAAAGGACUGAACCUUUUAACUUCAUUAAGGCAUGAAAACUUGGUGAGACUAAGAGGAUUUUGUUGCUCAAGAGGCAGGGGAGAAUGUUUUCUCAUCUAUGAUUUUGUUCCAAAUGGGAACUUGUUAAGAUACCUUGAUGUCAAGGAUGGUGAUGGCCAAGUUCUUGAAUGGUCUACCAGAGUCUCCAUCAUAAGGGGCAUUGCCAAAGGUGUGGCAUAUCUGCACAAGAAUGAAGCAAACAAGCCUGCUCUUGUACACCAAAACAUCUCAGCCGAAAAGGUCCUUAUCGACCAACGAUUCAAUCCGCUACUCUCGGAUUCUGGCUUACAGAAGCUUCUUACAAAUGACAUUGUCUUCUCUGAACUUAAAGCCAGUGCAGCUCGAGGCUACCUAGCUCCUGAGUACACAACAACAGGUAGGUUCACAGAAAAAAGCGACGUUUAUGCAUUUGGCGUGCUGGUGUUUCAAAUCCUUUCAGGGACCAGAAAGGUCACCAGCUCAUUGCGUGGUGCUGCCGAAGCAUGCCGCUACACAGAGCUCCUUGACUCGAAGCUCCACGGUCGAUACUUCGAAUACGAAGCAGCCAAGCUCUGUAGAAUGGCGUUGCUUUGCACGCACGAAUCACAGAGUGAGAGGCCGUCCAUGGAAACUAUUGUUCAGGAGCUUAUAACCUGUAGCAGCUGCCUAUGAUGAUAUGAUACAAAGGAAAAGAAGGUUGUGGUAAUUUUGAAGCUGUGAAUGAAUGGCUGGCUAACUAGCUCAUUGAUCUCUCUAACUUUAAUUUUUUUUUUUUUGCUCAUUUAGUGAAUAGUUUUGUGUAUGAACUAUUUCAAAUGUCCUUUUCCUAAGGACUGAACUUUGGCUGUCACACCUGCUGCUGCCUGUUCUCAUUGCUAACAUUUUUUUUUGACUAA